AUGCUUAUGGUAAUCAAAGUGUUGAGGGGAUCCAAAACACCCCCCAAUCUACCACCUGGACCAAGGAAACUUCCCAUCAUAGGAAACAUUCUUGAUGUUGCGGGACCACUCCCACAUCAUAUUUUAAGAGACUUGGCUCAGAAAUAUGGACCAUUGAUGCACUUACAACUCGGAGAGAAUUCAACCAUCAUUGCCUCUUCAGCAGAAACUGCAAAAGAGGUUAUGAAAACCAAUGAUAUAAACUUUGCCAAUCGCCCUUUUCUUCUUGCUGCACAUAUCAUAUCCUACAAAUCCACAAACAUCAUGUUUUCACCAUAUGGAGACUAUUGGAGACAGCUGCGCAGGAUUUGCAAUUCAGAGCUUUUAAGUGCAAAGCAUGUUCAAUCACUUGGACCAAUAAGGGAAGAAGAGGUCUCUCAUCUCAUCACCACUGUCUCCAAACAUUCAGGAUCCCCAAUCAAUCUCAGUGAGCAUAUCUAUGCACUCACGUAUGGGAUCCUUACAAGAUCAGUCUUUGGAAAGAAGUUAAAACAACAAGAAGCAUUGAUAUCACUUAUUGAUGAAGCUUUAGGCAUCUCUGGAGGGUUUAGUCUUACAGACCUGUAUCCUUCUUCUAAAGUGAUCUCCUUUCUUAGUGGGCUCAAGCCAAAACUUGAAAAGAUUCAUGAAAGAUUCGAUAAGAUGCUAGAUGACAUCAUCGAAGAACACAAAGCACAACAAGUAGGAAAUGGAAAAGUAGACUUGAAUCAUCAUCUGCUAUUUGAUGUCCUUCUCAAACUCCAGGAGCAUGGCAACCUUGAGCUUCCAUUGACCAUGGACAAUAUCAAAGCAAUCAUCUUGGAUAUAAUAUCUGCUGGUAGCGACACAUCUUCAACAGUGAUAGAAUGGGCGAUGUCAGAGCUGCUGAAGAACCCUGAAAUAAUGGGAAAGGCACAAAAUGAGGUUAGAAAAGCUUUCAGCACAAAAACAAGAGUCGAUGAAAGUGGCAUCCAAUCAUUGGAGUUUCUCAAGUUAAUAAUCAAAGAAACUCUGAGAUUACACCCUCCAGCACCUUUGAUGUUGCCCAUGGAAAACAGGGAGAAAUGUGAGAUCAAUGGGUAUGAGAUUCCAGUGAGGACAAAAGUGAUUGUGAAUGUGUGGGCGAUUGGUAGAGAUCCAAAGUAUUGGAAAGAUCCUGAAAGGUUUCAUCCAGAAAGAUUUCUAAACAGUUCAAUAGAUUACAGAGGUGUUGACUUUGAGUACAUUCCAUUUGGUUCCGGAAGGAGAAUAUGUCCAGGUAUCACUUUUGGAUUGGCUAACCUCGAGCUUCCACUCGCCUCUCUACUCUACCACUUUGACUGGAAAUUAGCAGACAGCUGCAGGAAGAAUGAAGAUCUUGACAUGACUGAAGCUUUUGGUGCAACUGUUAAAAGGAAAAGUGUUCUUAAUCUUAUUCCAACACUCUGUUACUGUUAUCCUCCUCCUGUUUACUAA